GUCCUUUAUCUUCACUUCCCCUUGCUGGCUAUGCAGUAAGUGAGAUGGAGUCAGCGAACUCUGAAAAGCCUUGGGACUAUCUUCUAGUUUUUUCUGAGAAGUGCAAAUCAGAAGAGAUAAAGGGCUAUAUUAUUGACUGUAUAAAAAGAGCGAAGCUCGAAGUACGACGUGAAGAGUUUGAAGACCAAACAUUAUUGAGCAUAGCAGCACCAUUUGAGGUCUUGGCUGCAAAGGCAGAAGAACAGUCGUUUGAGAAGGAGAGAGCUGAUAAAUCUGGUGCAUGGGAGUUCUCUUUGGAUCAGCUUGAUAGAUUUGCUGGCUGUGAGGACAAGAGUACUUUCUUCACCCCAUCAGAGAGAGCUUUUCUUGUGCGUAGCUGUCUUGAUUCACUAGAGUAUGAAAAGAGUAAGCUUUUAUCCCUUGGAGUUUGUCAAGGCUCAGCUGACAAUUUCCUUACCUGGCUUCUUCACUCCAAGCCUCAAACUCUUGAAGCAGCUUUCCCUCUUCAUAACCAAGAAUUCCAGCAAAAACUAUGGAAGAGAAUGAAAGCUAACAUCAUAACCUGUCCUCUUCAAGAGAUUAGGGACUACUUUGGUGAAGAUGUUGCAUUUUACUUUGGUUGGAUGACAUGUUUUACGGGUAGUCUUCUUCCUGUUGCCAUGAUGGGUGUGAUGUUAUACUUUCUUAACCCAAAAGGUGUUACAGUCGAUGACAACCCUCUUCUACCUUUUUACGAAGUAUUGAUGGCUUUCUGGGCUAUCUCUUUUCUUGCUAUUUGGAAAAGGAAAGAAACAGAGUUGUCCUACAAGUGGAAUACAAUCAAUAUAGAUCACCAUGAAGAGAUCAGGCCAGAGUUCCAAGGAAUGCUAAUCAAAAGUCCGGUUACAGGAAAGCCAAUGAAGUAUUUUCCUAGAUGGAAGAGAUGGCUUCGCUAUGGCUUAAGUUUCCUGCUAACCUUGCCUGUGCUGUCAAUAGCUGUCGGUGCCAUGCUCUGUUCACUCAACCUGAAUGGCUACAUCAAAGAUAAGGAGAGUCCUGUAUAUUUUACCUUAUUGGCACGUUUUGCUGAACCAGGUCAGCUAUUUUCUGCAGAUAACAAAUAUUACGGAUGGCUGAUACCGACUAUUGGUCAUUCAUUGGUGAUCAACUUGUUAAACACUUUAUAUCGCACUGUAGCUCACUUCUGCACAGAUCUAGAAAACCACAGGACCGAGAGAGCAUGGAACAACUCUCUAAUUACAAAGAGAGUGAUGUUUGAAGUCUUCGACUGUUUUAUACCAUUAUUUUACAUAGCAUUCUACCAGCUUAAUGUGGUAGCUUUAAGAAGAGAGCUGGUAGGGCUGUUCUGGGGUGACGAAAUUCGUAGAUUAGUAACAGAAUCAUUGAUCCCAUACAUAAAAGAAAAAAGUGUAAUGUGGAAAAGGCGUCGUGCUUAUGCCAAAAGCAAGAAAGAUGACACUAAAGAUGUUGAUCUUCCAUCUCAGGCUCAACAAGAUGUGGUGCUUGAGGAAUAUGACCAGUUUGAUGACUUCCUAGAAAUGGUUGUACAGUUUGGGUACGUCACGCUGUUUGCAUCUGCCUUCCCAUUGGCUGCAGCUAUUAGUAUCGUGUUUUUGUUUAUUGAGGCAAGAUCAGAUCUCUACAAGUUGCUUUAUAUUUAUCAGAAACCGCCCGUCAAAAGGGUGUCUAGUAUAGGAGUUUGGUACAAUGUACUCUACAUGAUGAUGAUUUUAUCGAUGCUCACCAAUAGUCUGAUUGUCGGGUUCUCGUCGGAACAACUCGCUUCUUGGUGCCCAUGGAUGUAUGAGACCAUCGAAGGCGAUCAGUUUAUUAAACCAGGAUACGGAAGAUACGUGGUGGCAAUAGUCUUUUCCUGCGAACAUUUUCUUAUUAUAUGUGCUGUUCUCGCAAAAGUACUUGUAUCAGACCGACCAAAGUGGGUUCGUAUCGCCAUAGAACGAAGAAAUUACCAGUUGGAAGAAGAACGCAAGACGUUGGAGAAGCUGCAAAAACUACAACUUGGACAGGAUAUUUUAAAAUUCUAGGUUAAUCAUCAGAAAUCUCGAAUUAAUAAAAUGUAAUUAAUUUUGCGAAAUACCUGAAUGCCUUGGUCCAGUUUUGAAAGCUUUACUAGCACUAAGUUUGCUUUGAUUACAAAAUGAGACAACUAAUGUCGAGAGUUGGGGUCGCCAGGGAUGAAAAGCUUGAAUCUAUCAUAUGAAUCACUGUUCAUUGACCAGAUUUUAUGUGUAAUUUUCAAAAUUCAACGCUAAUGUAAGAGAGUCGUAUGUUUACAUAUAUAACUUAUAAUAAAUGUUAGAUCGUUUCUUUCCAAUAUUUAUAUAUACAUGCACCGCCGCAACACUGGUGUGACUGUUAUCGAUCAAUAAAGCUUAAUAUUACAAUAUUACA